AUGAGCAACCGAGCGAAGUUUCGCGCGCUGCCGAUCGAUGGAGCGAUCAUGGGAAGGAUUAAAAAGUACGGCUUGACCACGACGGCGUCCACGGCGGGACGAACGACGCGAGUACUGCGUAACAGAGAGGAGAUCAGCAACGUGACGGCGCGAUACGUCAUGUACGACGUCGCUAAUUUAGACACACGCACGCGUCGAUUGCUCGGUCUGAGUGACGCGAAGCGUAACACCAAAUUCAUCGCCGCGGCGUCGCGAGAAGGCGAGGAACCGCCGGCGCACGCGGUGGGCAAGGGCGCGAGCAAAAUUAAGGACGACGUCCCAGAGAUCGCGUUCGCGGGCCGUUCAAACGUCGGGAAGAGCUCUUUAAUCAACGCUCUGACGCUCAGCUCUGUCGCACGGUCGAGCGACGUGCCAGGAAAAACGCAGAGCUUGAAUUUCUACUCGCUCGGUGAACGCAUUCGUCUCGUCGAUUUGCCAGGGUACGGCUUUGCGUUCGCAAAGCAAGCGCGAGUGGAGACGUGGAACGAGCUCAUGGAUCGAUACCUUACCUCGCGCCCAAACUUGAAGCGCGUGUACAUUGUCGUCGAUGCUCGACAUGGGCUCAAAGCGUCGGACAGAGAAAUGUUGGCCUUUCUGUCCAAGUACGGCGAGACGCAAUGCGCCGUGAUUUUGAACAAGUGCGAUUGCGUCAACCCGAACGAUCUCGCUCGCCGAGCAUAUUUGAUUCAGGAAGAACUGAGGUAUACAAAGCGCGCGCGCACUCUCGUACUCAUGGCAUCCACGUCCACGGGUGCAGGUGUCACCGAAAUUGCUAGGGAGAUUUACGCCAUGGCGCUCGAUUCUCCAGACGGCGCCGACGCGUUAGAAGAUGAAUGGGAGGAGGGUGAAGAAGAAGAGGAGGAAUACGUCGCCACCGAACGUGGAAGCGGCACUUCAUCGAACAAAGCUCCGCACAAGAAAACGGAGUUCUACGGUGGUGAAUGGAAGCCUGGACAGAAGAAAUCAAAGAAGUUCACGCCGGCGCCCGAGGCGGCGGGACGGAUCGACGGCCGCGGCGGCCGCGGCGGCCGCGGCGGCCGUGGACAAGGGGGGCGAAGUGGCCGAAGUAGUGGUGGUGGUCGAGGACGAGGGAAGGGAUUCACCCAAGGCGUGCCCGGGUCGUCUUAA